GUUUGAUUUUGAUUCGAAGACCAAAUUAGUCGACGGUUUGUUGAUGAUUCCACAUUUGAUAACGCUAUGUCUUGAAGUUGCUAGAGUUAUGCACGGCAAUGCAAAGCCACAUCCCGUACCGUAGCCGACGCUAGUCAACAUGGAUCCCGGCUCAGGUACCGAAGCGCUUACGCCAUGAUACGCGAUCUUCCUUGCAGCUUUUUUUUGGGGGGUUUGGUUUCUUUUGGUCUUUGUUCCGUCACCAUCGUUGUGCUUCACAAGUUUCGCGUUGAAUUUUGUUUGCACUUGAGACUAUACUCUGGCGGGAGGGAGUACAUCAUGGCUUCCAACAAAGAGACGUACAGUCAAGGCGCAAGUGAGACCACGCGUUUGCUGGCAUCAUCAUCCUUGGCGCUGUACCAGGAUUCAGAUGUAGCAGAGGCUCUAGUCGCAUCACCUACCCACGGUGAUGCAACGGCACCGGGCAGCAGUUCUCAGGGAGGAGAAAAGCCAUUGGCUAAGACACAGAUCAUUCUACUCUGCUACGCGCGGCUGGUCGAACCCAUCGCGUUCUUUUCCAUAUUCCCGUACAUCAACCAGAUGCUUCAGCAGAAUGUCGAUCUACCUGCCACGGAUGUGGGCUUCUACUCGGGCCUGAUCGAGUCGCUGUUCAGUCUCACGCAGAUGUCGGUCAUGAUGCUCUGGGGAAAGGCAUCGGACAGAGUGGGUCGCAAGCCCGUCCUGGUAUUAAGCUUGGUCGGCGUGACCAUCUCGACAGGUAUUUUUGGUAUGGCAAAGAAUCUGUGGCAGAUGAUCUUAUUCAGAUGCUUGGCGGGCGUUUUCGCGGGCACUAUCGUUACGAUCAGGACGAUGAUCUCGGAGCAUAGCACGGCAAAGACGCAGGCGAGAAGUUUUUCAUGGUUUGCGUUUGCAGGUAACUUGGGUAUCUUGUUUGGACCCUUGAUUGGUGGAGCGUUGGCGGACCCUGCAAACCAAUAUCCGAAUGUGUUUGGCAAUGUGGCCUUUUUCAAGGAAUACCCUUAUGCCCUGCCAAGUUUUGCGGUCGGUAUCGUUGGGUUGACAGCAGUGCUCACGAGCGCCUUCUUCGUGGAGGAAACUCUGAAGAAGAAGCCCGGAGGCAGCGCCGAAAGCGGUCAUGCAGAGGUAUCCCAACCAAGGAAGAUGAGCUCACGGGAGCUUUUGAAGUCGCCCGGUGUUGCCAUGGUCUUAUACGUGUACGGUCACGCAAUGCUCCUCGCCAUUGCCUAUACCGCAAUCAUACCCGUCUUUUGGUUCACUCCCAUCCCACUUGGCGGUUUUGGGUUCACCCCGAUCCAGAUCAGCCUGUUCAUGGGUCUGACCGGAUUCUCGCAGGCCGUAUGGCUCCUGGUCUUCUUCCCGCCGUUACAACACCGCCUGGGCACGAACGGCGUGAUGCGGCUCUGCGGCAUCGCCUACCCCAUCGCCAUGGCAUGCAACCCGAUCCUCAGCGCGGUUUUGCGCUCGGGCGCCGCGACCUCGUUCUGGGUUGUGGUGCCCAUCUUCAUGCUCCUCGCGCCGGGUAUCAGCAUGGCCUUCACGGGCGUCCAGCUGAUGCUCAACGACGUGUCCCCCUCGCCUGCAGUGCUGGGCACCUUGAACGCCCUAGCCUUGACGGGCACUAGCGCGCUGCGAAGCUUCUCGCCUGCCCUGUUCACGAGCAUCUUUGCCGUGGGUGUGCGCACGCAGGCCCUGUGGGGCUACCUUGUCUGGGUCGUUAUCGUGCUUAUUGCUGCGGGCUUCACGCUUGCGACGAGGCAUUUACCAGCGGCCAGUGAAAAGGAUUAUCCAAAUGAUGGCACUAGAGAGGCCAUAACACAAGCCGAGGCGGCAGCUGAGGAGCAGGUGUCGAGAUAACGUUUAGAAAGAGUAUGUAAGCGUGAGUGUCAAAACAUGGAACACAUAGACAAGGUGUGAUGCUUUGCAUGUUUUGGAUCUUGGGCAAUAUGUCGACUCGCGUUUCUCAAUGUCAAAAUUUCUUACUACCACCAGGGUCUCAAAACCCAAGCUUUCACACUUCCGCGGUUGAGGUAAUGUAACCAGCAGAGCAAUACAGAUGGCUAUUGAAUAUAUAAUGAAUAGCACCG